GUAAAAGCGGGCGAGAAAGAGGAGGGUUUGGGAACGACACCUUCAGGUCUUGCAAUCGCAUCUUUCGCCCUUUCCCGAACUUUUCUUUCUCUUGUUGAUGACGGCAGGUGGACCUCCUGGUUCCUCCGCAGCUCGCCACGUACCCCCGCGGCUGUGCCCGUUUCGCUUUGACGUGAGCCUCCACCCUCCUUCACUUCCUACUUAACGACCACCUCGUCUCCCCCGACCAUCAUCUCUCUAUCUCCUCCAUUUGCGCUCUGCUCUCCUCUGCCGCACUUGUUCUCCUUCGCUUCAUCAACGGUGACAAACACCACCAGAAAAAAUGCCUUCCGAUCAUGAACAAAGUGCUGCUAGUGGUGGUGGGGACCGAAGGAUGAACUCAUUCAUCUCCGUGGACGCUUGCUUCCCGCUCACUCUUCAAUUCAUGGAUGUUUCGUAUCGCGUCAAGCUCGAUCCGACGUUGACGUCAAGUGGUAAAGGAGUUAAACGCAUGCUUAACUCGGCGAGCGGUUCCUCGGCCGUCCCCGAAGAGAAAGUCAUCCUCAAUGGCGUAAGCGGCAUGGUGUCGCCCGGGGAGAUGCUCGUGGUCCUAGGCCCCUCCGGCAGCGGGAAAUCCACUCUGUUGAGCAUCCUCGCUGGCCGGCUGCAAGGGAAGCACUCCGGCGCGGUGCUGGCCAACGGCCGCCGGCUCACGAAGCCGGUCCUACGACGGACCGGCUUCGUAACGCAGGAUGACGUGCUUUACCCGCAUUUAACCGUGAGGGAGACCUUGGUCUUCUGCGCCAUGCUCCGGCUGCCGAGAACGGUGGCGAAGGAGGAGAAGGUGGCCGCGGCGGAGGCGGUGAUGUCGGAGCUGGGGUUGUGCAAGUGCGCUGACACCCCGGUAGGCAGCCCCUUCGUCCGUGGGAUCUCCGGCGGGGAGCGGAAGCGGGUCAGCAUCGGUCACGAGAUGCUGCUGAACCCGAGCCUGCUGGUGCUGGACGAGCCGACGUCGGGGCUGGACUCGACGGCGGCGAGCUGGCUGGUGGCGACGCUGAGCGGGCUUGCCAGGAAGGGGAGGACGGUGGUUACGUCGGUGCACCAGCCGGCGAGCCGGGUGUACCAGAUGUUCGACUCGGUGCUGCUGCUCUCGGGGGGAAGCUGCUUGUACUUCGGCAAGGCCAAGGACACCAUGGACUACUUCGGCUCCGUCGGCUUUGCUCCAAGGUUUCAUGUCAACCCGGCUGACUUCAUGCUCGACUUGGCCAAUGGGGUCACUCAGAUAGACUACCAGGGUGAUGCAGAGAAGUCCACCGUCAAGCAAUCUCUCAUCUCCUCCUACAACAGAUUGUUGGCACCACAAGUGAAGGCAGGACUGAGUGCUGCCGUGGCCAGAGAUGCUGCCCAGACUGGUAAAGAAGCAUCUUUUGAGAGGGAGAAGAGAGACCACAGCAGCAUCAGCUGGUUCAGCCAGUUCUCCAUCCUCCUCCAGAGAAGCCUCAAGGAGAGGCGCCAUGAAUCCUUCAAUUCCCUCAGGGUGUUCCAAGUCAUGGCAGCAGCAGUCCUCUCAGGGUCCAUGUGGUGGCAUUCCAGCAUCCAUGACGUCCAAGACCGGCUCGGACUCCUCUUCUUCGUCGCCAUCUUCUGGGGUGUCUUCGCAUCGUUCAAUGCCGUAUUCACAUUCCCGCAGGAAAGAGCAAUCUUCGUCAAGGAGAAGUCCUCGGGCAUGUACAGCUUGUCCUCCUACUUCAUGGCGAGAAUGGCCGGUGACCUGCCGAUGGAGCUCAUCCUCCCCACCGUGUUCACGCUGAUCCUGUAUUGGAUGGCAGGGCUGAGAGCUGAGCCUGCAGCAUUCCUGAUCACGCUUGCGGUGCUGCUCGGGUACGUCCUCGUGGCACAAGGCCUUGGGCUGGUUGUCGGUGCUGCAAUCAUGGACGCCAAGCAGGCUUCCACCGUAGUGACAAUCACCAUGCUGGCAUUCCUGCUCACGGGAGGAUUCUACGUUCAAAACAUUCCGAGCUUCUUGGCGUGGCUGAAGUACGUGUCGUGUACCUUCUACUGCUACAGGCUUCUCGUUAGGAUUCAGUACAGAGGCGAGGAAAUGGAGUACUUUCUGGGGUCGUCGCAUCAGAGGAGUAGGAGGGAGGCAGAAGGUGAGAUGGCGGGAGAAGUAAGCACACUGGUGAGCGUCGGAGCGCUCAUCGCCAUGUUCGUAGGAUACAGGAUAUUGGCGUACGUUGCUCUCAGGCGCAUCAAAGCAUGAUCUGGCCGGGGAACGCUUAGGCCACGAACAAGCAGAUCAUUUCAAUUGCUUGGUGGGUGCUUUGUAUACUGUUGGGAAGCAGAGAAUAUAGUUUCCUCUUCCAAGUCGUAUGGAUGAACAAAAAGAAGAAAAAUGUUCACCUAUAAAUAAGAGAAAAUUUGUUUGUACGA